AUGGAAAGUACUUCGAGUCCAAUACCGCAAUUUACUGAAAUCACUCGUCUUAAUGUCAAAAGACUUUCAGAAGAAGAAAUUAUUAAACAAGUACAUUCAACGUGUGUUGAACAAGGAAUUCCUCUUGUGUUAGAAAAUUACCACAAGAAAAGAAGCUUUGACCACAAGCUAUUCACUUUUAGUUGGCUAAAAUUGAACCAGGGUGACCAAGAAAUUGUCGCUCGUGAUAUGAUCUCUAAUACCGACGAACCUAUGAUUUUAUCAGAUUAUAUAGAUUAUGUUGAGGACACUAUCAAUAGUCUAAUGCCACCAGACCAGAUUUUAUAUGGUAAAGAUAUAAUAUGUCCAAAGCCGUGGAAAGAUUAUGUCGCCAACUUCUUACCGAGCUACUUUAAAUACAAUGGCAAUAAUGAUUUGAUGUCGAAUUUGGCUCCAGAACUUAGAGCUGAUAAUUUAAUGAUAUAUCUUGGGUUCGAGGGAACCAAAACGCCUCUACAUAAGGAUAUGUGCGCCUCGUUCGGUCAUAAUUUGAUGGUCUAUGCCGAUGAAGAUACAUGGUCCACUUGGUAUAUGGUAGGCCGCGAAGAUAAGGAAAAGAUUGCGGCCCUUGUUCGGGAAGCCGAUCAAAAUAUUGACCUCGAGAACUACUACGUGCAGCCUAGUCAAUUGGCACAGGCUGGAUUCACUGUCUAUCGAACCAAACAACGGAUCGGCGACUUUGUACUUGUGCCUUCGGAGUGUUGCCAUGAAGUUUUAAAUGAGGGGGGCUGCAGUAUCAAAGUCUCCUGGAACAGAGUGACCCCUUAUUCAGUGGCCUUGGCAAUGGUUGGUUCAUUGCCAAGUUACCACAGUGUGCUACGACCCGAAGCAUACCAAAUAAAGCGGGUCGUGCAUGAGAGCAUCACCAAGUGGUAUGACGCCCUUGCACGAAGUACUAGCCGAACGAAGCUAGAUUGCGAGUUCGCCACUAAGAUGGAGGCACCGGGUCGAGACCUCCCAGCAGAAUUUAAAUUAUUAAUAAACGUGUAUAGAACAUUUUUGGAACAAGAAUGGGUCGCGAGUAGCAAAUGGGAUGAAUCAAUCCGCAUACCCAAAACUUUUGAUAAUAAGAUGCAUUUGUCGUGUGAUUUCUGUCACUGUGAUAUAUGGAACCGUCAUUUGCAUUGUUACAAAUGUGUAACCGAGAUAGGUCCUGCUUAUGACAUUUGCCUAAAUUGCUAUCAUAAUGGUCGAGGCUGUACACAUCCGUUAACGUUACGUGACGGAUAUAAAAUGAAAAGAUUAAUAAAUAUCUAUACUCAAUCAAGGAAAAUGUAUAUUAAGAAAAUUAAGAAGGACCCGGAGCUCAGAGACCUGGAAGAAUCUACAGAGUCCGCUGGUUCAUUAGCAUAUGGCAGAUGGAAGGUUUCGCGGUCAUUGACAAAAGAGGAGCAAAUGGAACUUCACAAUGAAUUUCCUCAACAGCAUUAUAUGGAACCGUACAGACCUAUUCCUCGCAAAGAUCCUUUGAAAGAAAAAUUGAAUAAAAAGCGAAAGCGAAAGCAUAAAGGGAGGGGAAGACCCCCGUCCCGUAAGAAAAUUGAACCGGGUGAUGACAAAUUGGAAACUCUGGAUAAUCCGAGCUUCAUAAGCACAAUAAGUUCAAAGACGGAAUCAACAAUUAAUGGUGAACAACUUAGAGUCAGAAAGGGAAUAACGAAAGAUGGACCAGAACGAACAGAUAAGACCGAUAAUAGCUCUAAUCAUGAAUUUAACAAUCGAAGCGAUAUGUUGAAGACAGUCCGAGAUUUCUUCUUUAUUGACUCGGUGUUAGGAAUAUUUUUAAAUCAAAAUAAUCAAAAUGAUCAUCAAUGA